AUGCUCUCGUCCAUCUUUGAUCCAAGACAGCCAAAGACACCGCUCGACAUCGUCACCGUAGUCUCCCUCUCCCUUCAGAUCAUCCUCUACUUUGCUCUUUCUCGUCGUGCGGCUCAGGUGUUCUUCUUCGUCUACUUCGCCUUUUGGCGUGCAUCCUACAAUGCUGGCCUCGGCUGGAUACUCAAGCAGCAGAGCGAAAAGGGCUGGAUCAUCCGUCAAGUCAAGCAGAACGGUUGGAUGGAUGCAAACCGCCGACCACGCGUCCACAACUGGGUCAAGCAGCAGCUCGUCACCAAGAUGGACAGCGAUUACGUAUUCGAUGCUAUGCCGCUCGAUUACAACGUCUGGCUCAUGUUCCGAAGCAUCGUCGACGUCAUCUUGCUCAACGACUUUGUCGCCUAUUCGCUCUUCGCCUUCUCUUGCACCAGGCUGCCUGAGGGCCACUCGGUGGCCAUGCACGUUCUGCGCUGGAUCGCAGGCUGGACCCUCAUCUUUUUCAACCUCUGGGUCAAGAUCGACGCUCACCGUGUCGUCAAGGACUACGCAUGGUACUGGGGCGAUUGCUUCUUCCUCUGCCUUCAGAGUCUCGUCUUCGAUGGCGUGUACGAGAUCGCUCCCGAUCCCAUGUACUCGAUUGGCUACGCCGGCUACUACGGAUUGUCGCUCGUCAGUGGCAGCUAUGCUGUGCUGUUCGUCUCCCUGGCUGCUCACUUUUCGCAGUUCCUGUUCAUGACAUUUUUCGAAGGACCACACAUCGAGCGCACCUACGGGGAAAGGAAGCCGAUCGCUGCCCGCGUUCCCCUACGUCAAGCACCGUUCAACGCUGCAUCCCGGAAAGCGGCUCACGCCGCUGAAGAUGCGGAGACCGCGCGACCAAGCCUGAGCGAUGAUGGGGACGAAGCCACGAACCGGAUUAUGGGCACGCCCAAGCAGAACUCUCGCCCCUCUCAGUCCGGCAACGAUACUAAUGCUACUCCUAGCCAGACCGAAGGCUCGACAGCCAUCACCACCGAUGACGAGGCCUCAGACGAUGGUCAUGGCCGAGCCUUGAGGCGUGACGCCCUUCGCGCUUCCUCGUCCUCCAACGAUGCGAUCCAACAACAUCUCCUCGAGAAACAGCAGCGUCCCGUCACCACGCUUCACGACCUACAUCAUCGGAUCUUCCGCAAGGAUACCGUCGUCUUCCGAAACAUAGACCUUAUGCGUUCCAAUGACUUCCUGCUCGUCAUUGCCUCGAUCUACUCUCUUUCCCCUCUCCUCCUUCCCUCCCUGUCUCAAACCCCGAGAUUAACGCUGCUCUUCAUCAACGCCCUCGCCUGGCGAACCUUCCAUUCGUUCGGUUUGGGAAUCGCUCUCUCGCGUCAAUCCGAAUCGAAAUGGAUCGUGCGCCACUUUCUCAAGCACUACCACUACGCUCAACCUCAAGAUGCCGUCUUCGAAGCCUUUGGUCAUUGGAAGGUGGUCUACAACACUUCGCUCGUCAUGACUUACAUUUCGUUCGGUGCGCUCGCAUUCAACUGCUACACUCCCAUCGGACAAGACUGGACGGUUGGACCGGAGCUCUUGCGACACACCCUGGGCUUGAUGUUGGUGGCUUUGCAUGCGUGGACUGCCAAUUCGUCGUAUGAAGUGCUGGGACCUUUCGGAUGGCUGUACGGCGACUUUUUUGUCGACGAGUAUCCGCAUCAGCUAUACUACACUGGAAUCUAUCGGUUCCUCAACAACCCAGAGAGGAGCAUGGGUGGAGCAGCCUUCUUCGGCCUUGCUCUCGUUUCGGGAUCCAAGCUGACACUUCUCAUGGCGAUCAUCUCAUACAUUUCGCAUUGGGGUUUCUUGAGCUUUGUCGAAGGUCCUCACAUGCGAAAGCUCUACGGAGAAGCAGCUCUGCGAAAAGAUUCGGGUCUCACGAAACAACUCAAAUCCCAAUGGGUGGCGGCAAAGGAUUCCGACCUCUUCCGCCUCGCUCAGGAGCAUCCGACGGUCAAGAACGUUCAAGGCACACUCGAAAAGGUGCAACGCGAUGCGACGGACGCCUUUGAAGAGUUCUUCCGUCAAUCCAGACCGAGAUUCGAGGGUAUGCUGGAGGAGACGAAAGUGUUGUUGCAACAAUCCAAGGAUAGGUUGUUGAUUGUGAGGGUUGAGGAUGAUCUGAAGCUGGGUGGGGUGGAUAAGAGCAAGUAUGGGUUGAAGGUGGUUGGUGAGAGGUUUCAUUUGGGAGAGCCGAUUCGAGUCGAGUGGAAGGCGGCUGGGAACCACUCUAGGAGAGACUGGAUUGGGGUGUAUUUGCUGGAGAGGUUUGGUGGCAAGAAAGGGGCGGAUGAGAGUGCGCAGGUGACAAAGAUCUCGAGUCAGGGCAAGUGGCUAGGCGUUGCGCACGAGGAGUGGGUAGGCGACGUGCAUCAGGGAUCGAAGCAAAACGACACGAUUAAAGAAGCCGGCGAGCCCGUCCAAGGUAUCUCGGUCUUCCGCGAUGACAAACUUCCCUGGGUACCCGGAAAGUACGAGUUCAGAUACCACCAUGACGGCAAACACAACGUGCUCGCGCGCUCCCACCCCAUCGAGAUCUACGUCAACACCCUCCCCACCCACCUUCCCAGCGACGAAGACCUCCUCGCCCAAACCACCGACAUCAUCCGCACCAUCGUCCACCACUCCACCCCCACCACCCGUCCCCUCCGCCUCUCCAUCUCCCAACCCGACACCGCCAUCGACACCUCCUCCGCACCACCGCUCGUCAACCCCGCCGCUUCCACCGACAGCGACGACUUCACCAUCUGGGACCGCCAACAGGCAACGCGCAUCUCCAAAGCUAUCCGCUUCGCGUUCGAUCUCGAGCUGAGUCCGGAGGUCAUCAUCGCAGAGGCGAACGUCACCAGGUUGGCGAAGGACGUCGUCGAGGGGUCGAAAGUUUUGCGCCCUGGAUUUACGCCCAGGAUGGGAUGA